UUCAGGCUAGUGCUUCACUGCACAGCCCCUCUCUCCCGUGAACAUAAUGGGCUUCGGCUGUGGGUUUGCUGGCAGCAAGGUGAAGUGAGUCAUUUCUGUUUGACAGAAAAAAAGAAAGAGAGAAGUUGGCGAACGGUUCGGCGCAGAGUCACGACUGCUGAAAGGGGGAGAAAGAGAGAAAAACAAAAAGUUUUCAUUGGAAACUGUUGUAGUUUCCUGGAUCGAGGAUGGAGCCAACUUGGCGUAAUGUAAUGAUGCUGCUGGCCAGCGCCUUCCUGUUUCAGGGCAUGCUCGCUUCUGGACUUCUUAUGGAGCCUGGAGAUAUCGUGGUGACAAGCAUAACCAAUGUUUCCAUCUCUCUGGCCUGGGAGAGACCUGCAGGAAUGAAUAGCACCCAGUAUAAUUUCAGCAUUACCUACAAUUCUUCUGAUACACAUGAAACCAAAAUAGAAGUGUCAAACUUCACCACAAUAACUGGCUUACUUCCUGGAACCAAUUACACCAUCAGUGUAGCUACUAUUAACGAUACUGGCGCAAAGAGUGCUCCUGUGGUUACAAGUGUGUUUACUAAGCCAAAGGCCAUGACCAAUGUAACCCUUGUGAAUAGCAACACCACUUCAAUUGCUCCGAGAUGGGACAGUCAUUCAGACGAUGAUGCUGGGUACGUGUCAGUGGAGCCAACUGGAGAUCCAUCUUCAAGUAGCACUGUUACUGAUGGGUCUAUAACAGUGGUGGAUCUGAGCCCUGGGACCAAUCACACAUUCAACACGAGUGCACUUACAGCAGAUUGGUCAACAUCACUUCCAGUAACGGAUUCUUUCCCAACAGAACCAAAGGCCAUGACCAAUGUAACCCUUGUGAAUAGCAACACCACUUCAAUUACUCCGAGAUGGGACAGUCAUUCAGACUAUGAUGCUGGAUAUGUGUCAGUGGAGCCGACUGGAGAUCCAUCUUCAAGUAGCACUGUUACUGAUGGGUCUAUAACUGUGGUGGAUCUGAGCCCUGGGACCAAUCACACAUUGAACACGAGUGCACUUACAGCAGAUGGGGCAACAUUAUUUCCAGUAACAGAUUCUUUUACAACAGAACCAAAGGACGUGGCCAAUGUAACUCUUGUGAAUAGCAACACCAUUUCAAUUACUCCAAGAUGGGAGAGUCAUUCAGACUAUGAUGCUGGGUACAUGUCGGUGGAGCCGACUGGAGAUCAAUCUUCAAAUAGCACUGUUACUGAUGCGUCUAUAACUGUGGUGGAUCUGAGCCCUGGGACCAAUCACACAAUCAACACGAGUGCACUUACAGCAGAUUGGACAACAUCAUUUCCAGUAACAGGUUCUUUCCCAACAGAGCCCAAUCCAGUACUGAAUGUUACAGUGGUGGACGCUGGCACCAACUUUGUAACCCUGAUUUGGAUGCUACCAUCAGAUCAUAAAGAAGGGUAUGAGUACAUGGUGCUGACCAGGGGAAACCCAGCCCCUUCUGGUGAGAAUGAAAACAUAACUGUGAAAAGUGCGAAUGCUACUAUCAAAGGACUGACAUCUGGAACCAAGUAUAAUUUUACUGUGAUAACACUGGCAGCAGAUGGGACUCAGUCAACUGAGGUGAUGGAAUCUAACUACACAAGACCUGUCCAGAUACCACAGGGGAAUAUUACGGUUGAAAACAAUGACACGACAGACACUUUAAUUGUUUCCUGGGUUUCUCCUUCUGGCAAUGUGGAGAAAUUCUUUGUCGUUCUUCUGAAUAGCUCAAACAUUGAACUUCAAACCAUCAGCAAAGAUACCGUAAUGCCUGUAGAAUUCCACGAUCUUCAACCUGGGCGAGAGUACAACAUCAUUGUGAUUACAAGCAGUGGACCUUUCAAUGUUGCUUCUGACAGUAAGCUUGGUAUAACAGUUCCCAGUAGUCCUGGAAGUAUCACUGUGACCAACUUCAGCACCAGUUUCAUCUCACUAAACUGGGGAGCACCUGCAAACAUGGAUGUCGGACAUCAUACUUUCAAUGUCACCUACGACAACGGUUCCAAUGCUGAGACAAUAACAACAAAUACAAACUUCAUCACAAUUUCAAAUCUCACUUCUGGAACUAAGUAUGUAAUUUCUGUGGUGACUGUUGGACCUGGUAAUUUGCCAAGUGGACCUGUGACAAUAACUCAAUACACAAUUCCUAGUAGUCCUGGAAGUAUCACUGUGACCAACUUCAGCACCAGUUUCAUCUCACUAAACUGGGGAGCACCUGCAAACAUGGAUGUCGGACAUCAUACUUUCAAUGUCACCUACGACAACGGUUCCAAUGCUGAGACAAUAACAACAAAUACAAACUUCAUCACAAUUUCAAAUCUCACUUCUGGAACUAAGUAUGUAAUUUCUGUGGUGACUGUUGGACCUGGUAAUUUGCCAAGUGGACCUGUGACAAUAACGCAAUACACAAAACCAAACCCAGUGAGGAAUGUACAGAUUGCCCAUGUUACCACAAACUCCAUAACUUUUAAUUGGACCCAACCAUUAGAAUACAGAAAUGAGUACUCAUAUCAGGUAGAGACUAAGGAAAGUGGCACAUCUUCUGGCAACAUUAGAAACGAAAUUGUAACAAGUGAACAAAUUACUGUUGAAGAUUUGAUCCCCGGAACUAACUAUACCUUCAGCAUUAGCACCCUGGCAGCAGAUAACACAUCAGCUGAUGCUGCGAUGGCAUCGAGCUACACAAGACCUAUCCAGAUACCAACCAAGAACAUCACCGUGGAUAAUAAUGGCACAACAGAUAAGUUGAUCAUCUCCUGGGCUGCCCCUCCUGGCAAUGUGGAGAAAUUCUUUGUACGUGUUCAAGAAACAGGAAGUAGAGAGCAAGAACAAGUCCAAAGCACAGACUCCACAUUGUCUCUAACAUUCACCAGCCUUCAACCUGGGAGAGAGUACAGUGUCACUGUGGUAACUAACAGUGGACCUUUCAAUGAAACCUCUGAAAUUGUGCAAGGUGUAACAGUUCCCAGCAUUCCUGGAGCUAUCAGUGUGACUGACUUUAACACAACUUCCAUCUCAAUAAACUGGGGACUACCUGCAGACAUGGUUCCUGGAAGCUUUAGCUUCAUUAUCACCUACCACGAUGGUUCUGUUCCCAAAUCGGUUGAGGAAAAUGUAUCAUUCACCACAAUCACAAAUCUUACUUCAGGAACUAAUUAUACCAUCUCCGUGGCCACCAUUGGACCUGAACAAUUGCAGAGUGACUUUGUGUCAAUAUCUCACUUCACCAAGCCAAAUCCUGUAAAUGGCCUACAAAUCGUGCAGUUUGACACAACCAGCAUAAUCCUGAGUUGGGCAAGACCAGAGCAGUAUAAAGCUGAGUACCGAUACAAGAUAUUGACAACUAGAAACACACCACCCACGUUUGAUCAUGGAAAUCAAACUGUGCCAAACGAAAAUGUUACAGUGGCAGGACUGAUACCUGGUACCAAAUACACAUUUUCGGUUAUCACCCUGGCAGAGGAUGGCACUGAAGCAGAUCCAGUUUUGAUUGUCAAUUAUACAGAACCUCUGAAAAUACCAGGGGGAAACAUCACGCUGAACCAUGAGAACACAAUUGACUCACUGAGAAUUUCCUGGAUCCUCCCACCUGGAGGUGUUGAGAACUUCACUGUUGACAUUGAAGAUUGUGCAAAUCCAUCAGCAUUCAGGAACAGCACCACAGUGACAUCAUCAACAAAUACUGUUGUAUUCAACAACCUGCUCCCUGGGAGAUUGUAUUGUGUAAACUUGACAACAAUAAGUGGGCCCCAUCGCAUAACUUCAGAUUUUGUAAAAGGAGCCACAAUUCCCUCACCACCUGGACCCAUAGAAGUGACUAGCUUCACUAAUUCCACAAUUGACUUUGCCUGGGGAAGGCCUGAGAAUAUGGAUAUUGGAACUUACAGUUUUAUUGUCACCUACCAGAUAGCUCAAACAGCAAAUACCAUAUCUAAUUCUACAGAAGAUAACAAAUCCAGCAUUGACAACCUGGAGUCUGGAACCAACUACACCAUUAUUAUUGCAACUAUAAUCCCUCAAAAUUUGAAUAGUGCCUUUGUAACACGCUCCCACUUUACAAAACCAAACCCUAUCAGAAAUCUCAAAGUCGUCAGUAAGAACACUGUAUCUAUAAAUUUGUCUUGGGAUGAGCCACUUGGGCACAGGAGUGAGUACAGGUACAGAGUGCGAAUAAAAGACAGUCUACCUCCCAUUAGGGAGAUCAAUACCACGUCGUCUGUGAUCAGUGACUUGACAUCAGGAGCUAAUUUCGUGUUCACCAUCUCCACUGUGGCGGCAGAUGACACUGAAUCAGACGCUGUCACCUUAAACCAGUGCACGGAUGCUGCUGCAGUUAAUCCUUCUUCACUGAAGUGCACAGGAAUAGAUCUCCAGCCUGUCCUUAAAUUGGAGUGGGCAUGUCCAGAUGGAGAGAACACAGGCUUUUCUAUCAACGCAACAAACUUCAGCACUCAGCUAACUUCUACAGCUCUGGCAUGUACCUCAGGAAUGCAAGAAUACACGCUGAAUGGUGUUGUGUUCUUCACACGCUAUUCCGUGAAUGUCACCACUUUGUCAUGUGGUAGUCCGAGUACGUCAACCCAUGUAGAGUGCAGGUCUGGCAUUACACACCCUCCUCAACCUGCUGGUAAAUUACAAGUGCCAAGUCCUGAAGUUACACACAAAACAAUUACGUUUGAGAUUAAAGAAGGUGUAUUUAAUUCUGACAAUGGUCCAAUUAAAGCAAUUGCUGUAAUUGUUACGAAAGAAGAAAGCGAAGGAAGGCCCAGUGCAGCAGCUCUUGAAACAGCCUAUGAUUCUGUUGUUUCGACUUAUGUAGCCCAAGUUAUUGAUCUUAAUGAUGCAGCUCGGCGGAAAACCAGGGCACCAGCUCUGGCUACUCCCAUCACUGUCAAUGUAGGCAACAAUGAUAAAAGUCACGGAUAUGUUAAUCAAGAAUUGACUCCUUUAACUGCAUACCGACUCAGCUUGGUUGGAUUUACAAAAAUAACGUUUGGUGCAGACGAUAAAAUCAUCUCAAACUUAUCCUUCUAUUCGACAUAUGAGUAUUCGGAGAAGAUUUUCUUGAAACAAAAUCCAGAUGUUAUUAUUGGAGCUGUGGUUGGAACUAUCCUAGGGGCGGCAGUCAUAAUCCUCUUGGUUGUGCUACUCUUCUGGUGGAAGAGACGAACCAAGUCCAACAAUGGGAAUUUAACCCAGCUUCCAAUCUCAAAUAUCAGGGAAGCAAGACGUGCCAUCAAUGUGGAAUACUUUGAAGGAUAUUUCAGUAAGCAGCAUGCUGACUCUGACUGUGGAUUUGCUGAGGAGUAUGAGGAACUGAAGACAAUUGGAAUCUCGCAGUCAACACAAGCUGCGCACCAACCCCUGAACAAACCGAAGAAUCGUUACAAUAAUGUCUUGCCCUAUGAUGCAAGUCGAGUUAAACUCUCUGUCACUGCAGACCCAUCCAGUGAUUACAUCAAUGCUAAUUUCAUGCCGGGCUAUAAUUCAAAGAAAGAGUUCAUUGCUGCACAGGGACCACUAAUGAAUACAGUCAGCGAUUUCUGGCGAAUGAUUUGGGAACAUUACGUGCCAGCCGUUGUCAUGCUUACCAAAUGUGUGGAGCAAGGGAGAGCAAAAUGUGAGCAGUAUUGGCCAACUGAACGCCCUCUCAUCUUUGAAGACAAAAUUGUCACUUUGACAUCGGAAAUAGUUCUCCAAGAUUGGACCAUCAGGGAUUUCACAAUAGUAAAGGAUAAAUCUGGAGAGAAACGGGCCCUGCGGCACUUUCACUUCACAGGGUGGCCUGACCAUGGCGUUCCGAGCACCACAGGAGUCCUUAUUGAGUUCCGGAACCUAGUGCGGCAGUACAUUAAUCAGUACCCAAUGAGUGGACCCACUGUAGUACACUGCAGUGCUGGAGUUGGCCGGACAGGAACAUUCAUCUCGAUCGAUCGUAUGAUUUACCAGAUAGACAAUAAAAGACAGGUUGACAUCUGGGGUAUAGUUUAUGAGCUGCGAAUGAACCGGCCGCUGAUGGUGCAAACUGAGUCGCAGUAUGUCUUCUUGAACCAGUGUGCCAUGGAGUACAUCAAAGCAAGCAAACAGAAAUCUGAUGAUAUAAUCUACCAAAACACACCCGCCCUCAUCUACGAGAAUGCCUCUGCUAUUCGUGCAGCUCACGCAGCCAAUGGCCAUGCACUUUAAUGGGAACAGUCUCGGAGCUGCCUUUUUAAAUUCAACUGCACGUUUCAUUAAUUUUAUUUUGUAAAUUAGAAUGUUUAUUUUUUAAGAGGAAUAUGUGUUCAUACGGUAAGACAUGUUUAAAAUGUAUGCCUUUUUAAUGCUGAUUUGCUAUCUUUUUCAAAUAAUACCUGGGGAAAACCCAGGAAAUUGUAGGCAAUCUUUGCCAAGCUUUCCACAACUUGAAGGAACACUUUAAGAGUUUCAAGCGUAAUUCAUUGCAUUUUUAACAGCACUUUUCAUGAAUGUUGUACAGAUGUGGGUCUUCUCUGUAAUUUCACUUUUUCAUCUGCAAGCUAAACUCUUCUAGAUAGCACUGGUUAGUGUAUGAAAUAGAGGCUGCCUUUCAUGGGAGCGUGUCAGAAAUAUUCAACUUUCCUGCCUUUCUGGCGAUUCUGUGAACCUAAUCAUUCAUCCAAGCCAUUGAAGCACAAUGUCUCCAGGCUUCCACCGCAGAAAUGCAAAAACCUUAAAAAUAUCACUGGAAUCUGGCACAAACUGUGUAUGUUGUUUCCUAAUGUGGACCUUCCAUAAGUGCUUUCAUGAAAUCUGAUAACAUUGCAGCCACUUUUCACAAGUGUUGCUUUGUCCAAAUCAACCCAAUCAAAAAGGAACCCGUUCUCUCGUGUAUCAGAAUAUCAAGUGAAGUGGGAAACUUUGUUCUGCACUUAAUAGUUAUCAAUGUUGACUGAAUCACCCCAGCAUGCCCUAUGUGAUCAAAUUAUUUAAUUCUUCUGUUUCCCGUUUCUGUGGUGAAUAAAUGGUCAUCAUGCAGUGUAGCACCAGAAUCAAUAUGCACUCAGCAUACAAGUUGUUCACCUGCUUAAGCAGAGUUGCUCCUCAUACUUUUUGAAUAAACUGUCUGAGUAGACCAGGCUUUACACAGCUAUACUGUGUCUUGCACCAUAACUAAAGAACAAAAGAGUUACAGGAGACAUUUUACACGGCAGAGAAUCCGUGUGUGUGCUACUGAAUGACCUGCUGAAUGUAAAGUUGCUUCUGGAUUUAGAUAUCCAUGAAGCAUUGCAUGAAAACAAAAUUUUGUUUUGCAAACUUAAUAUUUUAAUUGCUUUCAACACUGAAACAGAUUUGUCUUGGAGUAGCAGUUUUAGUGAGUCUUGAGAGGUGGUUAGGUCUGAGUUAAUUUUCAAGUAGGUCGUGAGAAAUCUUUAAGUCAGGGUGAAGUAUCUCUGUUCUGAGCAUUAGUGGGAACCUGUCACUGUCAGCCAAUACCUUUUAAACUUAUUAACUAACACAUUAAAGGAGUUUAAUAUUUAAACUUUGAUUCUUGAACUUGCAGUAAAGAAGUGAUACCUUUCAGUAUCAAUUUAUUUUACAGCCUUGCGCUCAGCCUUCAUAACCUAAUUUCAGAGCUGAUGGCUUGAUUUGUUCUAAGUUUCAGGAGUUAUGCAUUUGUAAGAUUUUAGUCGUGUGUAACAGAUGUGAAUAAGUGGUCAGCAAACCAUAGCCAACUACAAUCCCUGGUAAUUCCUGGAUUAUCCAAAAACAUCAUGACAGCUGGAAUAUUUAUUUUGUUUACUCAGUUUAUAAUGAUGAACUUUGAAUGGAAUGCAUGCUUUAUUCAGGGCUUUAUAAGGCCACCAUGCCACUGGAAAAUUGCUGUUUGGGAAUAGGACUAACCUUUAAUUGUAGUCAUUAGGUCUUUCCAAGCUGUUAGGUGGCAAAUAGAUUGGCAGCUACUGACUAAUCUCUCUUGGGUAAUGGUGCUGACAUGGGGUUAAAUGGCAAUGGUGAACUUUUUGACUUCUUUUGGGAAGGGGGAAUAAUUGACAAACCCAAAACUUGGCUUGAAAUUUUAAAUACAAGUGGAUUGUGCAACAAAACUGUGUUAAGUUGGAAUCUUUCUUUAAAAAGAAAGCUGAAACAGUCAAUUUUGAGUUGGUGUUUGGAGAGAUUGUUGCUGAGCUAUUUGUAUGUUAGGUUAUGAAGCUUAAGGGAGGGGAAACUCUGUUUGAUGAUACUAGCAGCUAGUGCCUGCCCUGAUGCACUUUUUGUUCAAACCAUUGGAAAGGUACUGAUUUUUAAGAAUUCUUCAUGGGUAUUCUAAAGAAGGGAUGAGUUAUAAAUGUUCUUAGAGUUGUUUAUAUAUUACGGACUUCCUUGAUUGCUGGCGUAUGAUGCAAGGGGCAGGAGGAGAUGGUGAAAUCGGACUAGAUCUGAUUGUGUGCCAGAGUCAUUUACCACUCUGACUAAUCUUCACUGACUGACUGGCUUUCACUCCAUGUGCAAAUCUAAUCCAAAGCCAAAUGAAGAGUGCUGAAAAGUAGUUGCAAGCAAUUCUUAAACUGCAGUUACCCACAUAAAACAUGAUACUGUAUUAACACACCUUCCUGUGGCAUACCAUGACAUUGAGUACUGUGAUUACUUGACCUUUUUUUUUAAAGUUAUGCACUUUAGAUGGUGUGUGUGUGUGUUUGUUUGCAGUCAACCAAUCCAAGUCAGCCACUUUAUUUACAAUUUUGGAACAUGUAUCCAUGAGUUUUGUUGCAGAGCUGUGUCUCAAUCACUUAUGUAUCAUUCAUAAUUGUUUGUUUUCUUCACCAUACUCUCCUCUCACCCCCACCCCCACAAAAACCUGUAGAACUAUUUUGGAAAGUGAAAACAAAUGCAAGGGAAUUACUGUGUAAGAUUCACGCUAUGUGUCUUCUGAAUCAAUGAAUAGAAAUUGUAAUAUUUUAUAAUUUAUUUUUCAGUGCAUAAACAUUGCAGUGGGUCCUGAUGUCAGUUUACAGUGUCUGACACUGUGGUACUAGCAAUAUGAGCAUCACUGUGCACAGUGUCUGAAUUGGUUGUUGAAUGUUGACCAGAGGGUAUUGGUGAAGGACAAUUGAUGAAUGCCUUAGACUGUAGACAAUCUGUUCCUUUCUCAGGUUUGUCCUGCCCCCUGAAGGUGCUAACUCGAGGAGAUCUACAAACACUAACAGCUUUUAGGUGCUUCACCUAAAUAGCAAUUCUUCAAGUGUGAGGUCUAGACCAAUUGUAUCAGCAAGCUGAAGGACCCCUGGAGAACAUGGCAUUCAAGCCAAAUUCUGCCCUCAUCUCACUUGCAUGUGUGUACUUUGCAUCACAAGUCACUGGAGCAAGAAACUUAGGAUGGGUUUUAUUCCCAACCAGCCUCCACUCUUCCCAAUUCUGUAGCCUAGCUUCAGAAGCCCUCAGCUGCUUUCUGGCUGAGAUCCAGUAACUCCUCAUAGACUAAACCCUUCUGAUUACAUUUGGUUGUGUGCUGCACUGAGUGACACACAUAUAGAGGUCUCUGACAUUUUUCACAUAGCUUCACAACUCUGGAGCCUGGAGAAUCCAUUCAGCAUUCAUUACAUAAACACGAGUGAUAACUUGAAUGUUACCCUCCAUUAUCAUUUUCUUGCAAUACUACUCCUGAUCUGAGCCAUUGGAUGGGCAGAUCUCUGAUGGACACCGCAAAGAUGGAGAAACGAAAGACUCACUGCCAUGAAGGAGAUUUCCUGGGAGAAGUGGGAUGGGAGUGAAAAUGAAAUGAUCUAAGCUUGAAAGCUCCGCUGCAGGGAAAACAAAUGAUUUCUGAGAGUUCUUUAUUAUUGUUUCAGUUUUCACAACAAAAGCAGAAAACCAGGCCAAAUGUGAAUUUGUCUGUGUUGAAGUUAAGUGCAGAAUGAUCUGUCCACAGUUUUCGGCAUUUAAGUCAUUCUUGUCCAGGUGAGGAGGGGUAAAAGCCGUAGUGGGUUUAGGUAUAGAGUACGUUGUCUAAAUUUCAAAAUCAGAAGCUCUGUGGAGACAUUGUGAAAAUGAAAGAUAUGGUGAGGGAGGAAGAAGCCAUUUGCACAGCACUUUCUAUCAAUCAUUGUACUAGAUCGUUUAACUUAAAUUCAAAACUGUAUAUUUCUGUAUAUAUUAGAUAACAAGUAGCUAAUGCACUGGAUGCAUCUUUGAGAGAAAUCUAUUUAUCCCAUCUGCUCACUGCUAUUAAGAGAAAAAGGACUGAUUUUUAUCAGAUAUGAAAUUAUAUCUCUUCUGUGGUUGUAUUGGAUUCUUUAAACAUUGUAAUUGUAGGAAGCUCUGCAUGAAUGUGAUUUAUCAAUUAGAGCUCCUAAAGCACCACUGAAACUCCAUUUUGAACUUUGUGUUACAAUUUAAUGAUGUAAAAAAAAAUUAAUGAUGUAAAUUUCUAAAUAAUGUAAAAGGAUAAAUGUUGUAAUUAAAGAAUAUGUUUUUAA